AUGGCCAGUGGAGAUUGGCGCUUGUCCUCCUCCUCAUGGUCCUUCCAGGCCCGCCUGGCGGCGCUGCUGCCUGACCUGCUGGUGUUCGGGAAGACCCGCGGCCCGGGACCAGAGCUCACCACCGUGCAGGGGGUACUGCUUGGCGUCCACGUGACCGGACUUACAGCAUUGAUGGACAAGUUCAGCCUGACUGCCAAUGCAGAGCACAGCAUGGACAAGAUGGCCCACAUCUUCAGUAGUUACAUUGGUGAUAUUGUGGAGCAUGUACUUUGCUUUGGAGGAGAUAUCCUGAAUAUCACAGGGAAUGUGCUCCUGGCACUCUGGACAGUGGAACAGAACCAACUAAGUGACAUCAUUACCUUAGUGGUGAAAUGCAGCCUGGAAAUACAGGAGAAGUUUGGAGUCUGCCACACCAAGGAAGGCCGGGAUCUUCAGAUAAGGAUAGGCCUGUCGGCCGGUCACAUCUCUCAGGUUGUGGUUGGAGAUGAGCAGCGACAGUACCUCCUGGUCAUUGGCCGAAAUGUAGAUGAUGUCCAGGCAGCCCAACACUUGGCUCAGGCAAAUGAGAUCAUCUUGUCCUGGAACUGCUGGAAGCUCUGUGAGCAGUACAUGUUUGAAGUGGAAAUCUGGAGGGAGCCUAAAGUUGUAAAGUUAAGAGAUAUGAGAAUCAUAGACCCAUUUGAUUUUGAUGAACAUUUUGAAAAGUGCAUCGAUUACCUUCCACAUUAUCCUACAAAUAACGUCUCUCUGAGAAAUGCUGUGGCUUUGGACCCAAACCCCAGACUUGAGCAAACCUUGCAGAGGCACAUAAUGGGAAACUUCCUAAAGAAGAUCAGUGAAGGCCAGCCUGUGGAGUAUUUAUCUGAACUUCGCACUGUUACCUUGGUCUUGAUCAAUCUAGAAUUCCACAAGAAAGCUUGGAUGUUGCAUUUAUGUCAGCUGAUCCAUGAAGCUGCCUUGUAUAUCUCCACAGCUAUCAAGAAUGGAGGUGGCCAGCUCAGUCAGAUAUUUAUGUUUGACAAAGGCUGCACUUUCUUCAGUAUAUUUGGCCUUCCAGGCGAUAAGAAGCCAGAUGAGUGUACCCAUGCCUUGGAGAGCUCCUUCAGCAUCUUUAACUUCUGCUGGGAAAAUCUUGCUGAGACCAAGCUUGUUUCUAUUGGCAUUACCAAUGGUCCAGUGUUUUGCGGAGUUAUUGGUGCACUGGCCAGACAUGAAUUUACAGGUAUAGUUGGGCUUUGGAAUUUCAGCAUUGUGGUUAACGGGGUGGGGUUCAAACUCUCUUUUUCGUUGCUGUCUCCUGACACAGUUAUUGGCCCAAAGGUGAGCCUUGUGGCCAGAAUGGUGACAGCUUAUCCAGGGCUGGUAUCUUGUGAUGAGGUAACAUAUCUGUGGUCCAUGUUACCUAAUAACAAUUUUAAGAAGCUUCCAGAGAAGAAGAUGAAAAAUAUCACCAACCCAGGGAAGAUCUAUGAAUACCUUGGCCACAGGUCAUACGUAAUGUUUGGGAAGAGACACCUGGCUAGAAAUCGAUCUGAAAAUCGUCCUUUGUUGGGCCGAGAAAAAGAACUAGAAGCCUUUCAGAUGGCCUUGCAGAAGUGUGUGCAGCAGAAGGAAGGGCAAGCAGUUCUAUAUGGAGGUGCAAAGGGCUAUGGGAAAAGCCAGCUGUUAGCAGAAAUAGACUACCUGGCUCAGAAGGAAGGGCACAGGGUUUUGGCAGUGGAGCUGAAGAAAACAGAUGCUGGACAGUGCUUCUAUGCAAUCCAGACACUUAUGGCUAUCUUCUUUGAGAUUGACCGGUGCCCACCCCAUGACCGUCAACGGCUCCUCCGUAGCCACCUUUGUGGGGUAGUAGAAGAACCACUUCAUUGCAUUUUCAAUGACCUGUUCUUUGUGAAGUUUCCCUUGUCCUUCAUAGUUUCCCACAUGGAUGACCUAGACAGACAGAAGAAAAUUAAAACCUGUUUGAUCCAGUUGCUCCAGGAGGCAGUGAAGGAAGAAUCACUGAUUUUCCUCAUUGAUGAGGCCCAGUACAUGGACAUAGCCUCUUGGGAGUUUUUGGUGACAUUGCUCUCCAGUGCUCCUGUUGUCAUGGUGAUGGCCCUAUCGUCAACACCUGCCAUAUGUAAUUUGGCACAGAAUUUCAUGCAAAGCCCCCAAGCUGCCUACGUGACUCUGCCAGUACUCGACCCUCCCUCACUGCUGGAGAUGGUGUGUCAGUAUCUGGGGGUGGUGAGCAUCCCCCGAGAGCUGCAGAUCUACUUUCUCCACAGGAGCUUUGGUGUACCCCUCUACUGUGAGGUCCUGCUCCAGAACCUCCUUUCCAGGGAGGUGCUGCUCUUUCACGUCCUACAGAAAGAGGAAGAGGAGGACCGCAAAUGGGAGAUGCUUACCAGUAAUGCCACCAAAUCAACAAUGUAUAAGGUUUUCCCCACCAGCUCUGAAGAGGAGCUUUACAUCUGUACUGUGAAGGAGGAUGUGAAUCUGGAUACACUCUUUCUUCCAUCUUUGUUAAAAGAAAUAGCAGUCAUCCAACUGGAUGGGCUAAGCCCUGCACAACAAAUGUUGGUCAAGUGUGCGGCCAUCAUUGGACAUAGGUUUCCCACAGACCUUCUGCAACGCCUCCUGCCUGGAUGGACCAAGAAGAAGAUGCAGCAGGUGUUAAGGUCUCUUAUGGAGUCCCAGGUGCUUUGCUUUGUUGACAAAAGCCAAGAGACUACACCUGGGUCGGCUCUGACUCCCUGUUCAAUCCCGCUGAUCACCCAAGCAGAAAAGCAGAAGGGGGAGUUAGAUACAAGUCCAACUACUGCUCUCAGAAUGCAAGAGGAGCUGUCCUCUCCUCCAUUAGCAGUACUACGGUUUGGAGUACCUUUACUUCGAGAAGCAGCAUGGGAGCUGUGGCCCAAGGAGAAGCAAGCAAACUUGCACCUUGAAUGUGCAAGAUUCCUCCAGGAUUGGGCCUGCCGAUGUGAGAGUUGCAGUGGAGGGGACUUUGUCCCUUUCCACCGUUUUGCCAUUGGUCCUGUUGAAAGCUCCUUUGUGACAUCCUGGUUUUGCAGGGCUCAGAAUAGCAGCUCUCAGCUCAAAGAGGGGACCAAGUUGCAGAAGCCCUCUGCCCAAGAGAGUUUUCAGUUUGAUAAGAAAAGUUUCAGGAAUCAAGAUCGCCUCAGAACAGAGCAGGAGUUUCUGGAUCAUGUGAACAGAAUGAAAGCCCAGGCCAGCAAUCAGAAGGAAGUGCUGAAUAUGGAGCCCUGUCAGUGUGGGGCCAUCCUGGAAUUAGUUCUUUCUCCUCUGACACAACAUUGUAUAAUAAUUGAAGAUAAUGCCAGUGCUUUCUACUACUUGCUAGAGGCUGCAGCUGCUUCUUUGUACAUGUCAGACAAUUACAUGGCAUUUUUUUACUUGAAGAAAGCAACCAGCCUUCUGGGACAGCCCUCAGCAUUCUCCUUCUUAAAGAAACCUAAGCUGAAGAUCAGUCAAUUUGAGGAAGCUACUUUUUGCAGUCUUCGGGCAGAGGUGUGUUUCAACAUGGGACAGAUCACUUUGGCCAAGAAGCUGGCUAGGCAAGCUCUCCAACUGCUUAAAAGGAACUUUCCCCAAACUUGGCUUGGGGUGGUCUUCCAGUCCUUCCUUGAAAAGUACCGGCAUUCCUACUCCCGGAGGCAGGCCCCUCUAAAUCACAGCACCAAGGUGUGCCAACCACCCCCGCCCCCCAACAGUGAGAAAAAGUUGGCAGUCCUGCAGCAGCGAGUGCGCUGCCUCUCCCUGCUUUGGCAGCUCUACAGCCUAGAAACCACAGCCAGCAGCCGCAGGUUUUCCUGGCUUGCUGCCCUUAUGCAGAUGAACUCAGCCGAAGAGUUUGUGAACCAAACUCAGAUUAUCUCAGCCUAUGUGGACUUCUCCCAGUUCUCCCAGAGCAUGGGCUACAAGGAGGAGUGGCUGCACUACGAACUGAUUGCCAUCCAGAGGAGUACCCAGUGCACUGUUUCCAGGGAGGGCCUGCUGGUCACAACUCAGCUCAUGCAGGCUCUAGCCUAUAGCAAGCUUUGCCUUGGCCAUCUUGACCUGUCCAUCCACUUGGGUUAUCAGGCUCAUGCAAUGUGCAAACAACUUAGAAAACCAGCCAUGGAGUAUCUGGUGCUCUCAGUUCUCUUCAAAUCUGCAUUUCUGAAAAACAAGUAUGACUUAUGUGUCCAUGUGCUGGAAAGUCAGUGGGGGCUCAUUUCUCAGAGUGACAGUGUCCUAGGCUUAGCCUGCUUCUAUUCUUCCUGCUUAGACUUAUUGCUCUAUGGUGAAGGGUUGCUGUGUCGGCCCUUUGGUGAGUGCCUACGAUUCAUCCAGCAGUAUGAACACAGCUGUAUCCUGUCUUCUCAGAGCAAUGUCAUGUUGGGUGUCCAUUCUUCUCUGGCCAUGUGGUUUGCCCGACACCGUCAGUGGGAUCAGUUUGAGCACAGCUUCUCUAAAGCCCGCCGGCUGGUGGACAGGACGAAUGCCUCCCUGUUUGGUACCCAUGGUUUUGUCCGCUUCUUAGAGUGCCAGGUGGUGGCGUUACAGAAAGUCACAGAAGAUGCAUCGAAGCACAUCCCAAAGACUCGUAUUCGCACACUCAAGUACUUCAAGGAAUUCUUCUCUCGCUGCUCCACCAGCCCUGUGUAUCACUCGUGGGUCCACAAACUUAAGGCAUCAGUCAGUCUGUCAGCGUGUGAAGGGACAGGAGCAGGGCCCCUGGCCACUGUCCUCAGCAGCACCCGCCUGCCCACUACCCAGGUGAAAGAAGCCUGGCUGGACACAAGCACCUCCAGCCAAGAGAGCUUCAGCCUCUGUGAAUUUGGCAAAGUGGACGGCGCCAAGGAAACGAAGAAUAAGCCAAGAACCCGAGAAUGCACAUUAAACAAGGACGGGUAGGAAGUGCAAGAAUGUGUAUUAGAACAUACGCCUUUAUGA